AUGGAGACCCGACACUCUUGCAGCAUCAAUUCACGAACUGGAAGCGAGGCCCAGAUACGCUUAUGUCCUGAAAAGUUUGAUGAUAUCUCGACUGAAGAGGAACGAUUACCUCCGGUGGAUGGAGGGAUCCAAGCAUGGAUGUUCCUGGCAGCAUGUGUUAUGCUUGAGGCUCUUAUAUGGGGCUUCGCCUUUGGUUUUGGUGUGUUUGAAAAGUACUACCGCGAGCUUGAGGAAUUCCAGGGGUCUAACAUGGUAGCUGUUAUUGGAACAUGUGCUACGGGAAUCUCUUAUCUGAGCUGCCCCGUUGUGAUAAUUGCAAUGAUUCUUAUGCCCAAGAUGGGGAGAUGGUUUUCCAUUAUAGGAUUAACCACGAUGUGUUUUUCUCUAGCGAUGGGUUCAUUCUCAACAAACGUUACCCAUCUAAUUCUCUCACAAGGUGUUGGAUUUGGAGUUGGUGGCUGUAUUGCAUACAGUCCUUCAAUUCUCUACAUGAGCGAGUGGUUCGUCAAAAGAAGAGGACUUGCAUUCGGCAUAGUCUGGGCUGGAUCAGGGGUAUCUGGUCUAGCCUUCCCGAUCGGCGUGGAAAGACUCCUGUCGAACUUUGGAUAUCAAACUACAUUGAGAGUCAUCUCCAUUCUCAUUUUUGUUCUUGCGGCUCCACUCUUAUACUUCCACAAACCACGACUGCCGGUUUCAAAAACAAUUGGCUACCACCGUCUCAACUUCCGAUUCCUUCUCAACAAGGUAUUUGUCAUCUAUCAGAUUGGCAACAUCAUGGAAGCACUGGGCUUUUUCCUACCGGGAAUAUACCUGCCAACAUACGCUCGUAGUAUCGGAGGCUCUAAUUUCAUAUCCUCACUUACAGUGAUGCUGUUGAAUCUAGCGUCUGUGUUCGGCAGCGUGGGCAUGGGUCAUCUAGCAGAUCGGUUCCAUGUAAUAACCUGCAUUACAAUCUCCACUGUUGGCAGUACAUUGGCCGUGCUAUUCCUCUGGGGAUUUUCGUCAACAGUUCCAACAUUGUUAGUCUUCAGCGUGGCAUACGGACUAUUUGCAGGAUGCUUCUCGGCUACAUGGUCGGGGAUCACGAAUGAAGUCCAAAAAGUCGAUCCAAACGCUGAUGCAACCAUAAUAUUUUCAAUCAUUGCCCUGGGAAGAGGAAUUGGCAAUGUCGUCAGUGGGCCUUUCAGUGAGGCUUUGGUUCGUACAGAUCCCUGGAAGGGUCUACUUGUCGGGGGAUAUGGCAGUGGAUAUGGUCUUGUCAUUUUGUGUACGGGACUCAGUGCUCUGUUGAGCGGGAUUUGUAUAGUUGCGCAUCACAUGAAAUGUAUAUAG